AAGGAAUCCAGAAUCAAGUAGUGUCCAUUAACUUCAAAAAAAAAAUAAGACUGCCAAAGUUUAUUAUCAUUUUUUUAAAUUCAUUUGUAUUUAACAUUGACUGAGUAUAACCUAAUGAGAAAAAAACCGGUACUUAGUAUCAGCAGAAUUCGUCAAAAAAUUAAGAUGUUCAUUUUUGAACUCAUGUAUGUAAUAAAAAAAGCUCAAACAAACCAUUGUUUGAAUUACAAGCAACAAUAUCGUAUAGAGAAAUUUGCCUAUCUAGAGACUACUAUUUCGAUGUAUAGAAACUUACUACAAUCUGAGAAAAAGUCUAACAAAAAGCUUUUGUUUGAAUUCUUUCAAACCACUGACUGUCUGUCUAUGGAGUUAUAUCAACUGAGGUCCCUUUUAAUGAAUGGCCCGACAGACAACUGCUACCUUGCCUUGGUGGUCGGGCUUGAAUACCGCAGUGGCCCAACAAGCUAAACUGGCUGGGACUCUUGUCCAUGCAGGUCCUACUAUGUCAGGAAGGUUGUUUGGAUAG